CCUGCCUUCGAUCAUUGAUCACCUCACAAAUCCCCCCUUCUCUAUGAAAUCAGUCCCAAGUCCAUCUUAGACAUCUUACACAUACUUACUACGACUUCGAACCCUCGAUUAUCUGCUUGCAGCAAUCCCGACAACAUGCCGUCCAAUUGGCCCACCGUGUCAGAGAAGGACCAAAGUACCACUUCGGAGAUUUACGAAGCAUCGGAGGUGAACUAUGAAGAUAGACGCGAGACACUGCCUCCUCAAUAUUCAGAGUACUCCAUGCCAAUGAACAGCGACCUCCAAAAGCCUGUUGUUAUUCCUCAACAAACUAAUAUCUUUAUGAUCAAAACCUUCUCUCCCUUCGCACGAGCCUACUCACCAGCAUUCUCCACAUUACCGAACCCCAUCCCAAAAGACGAAUUCAUCUCUUUCAUCGACGGCCUAAACAAAGCAUUCAUCUCCUCGCCCAUAUUCCAAGCAGCCCACGUCGUCGGCGGCGGCCUUCUCGGCUCCCAAAUCCUCCCCGCCCAAGCAGUCGGUGGCGUCUUCCAAGUCGUCUCCGUCCUCGGAUCAGCAGGUGUAUCAGUCAUCCGCGUUCGCAGAUACAUGAAGAAAGCCAACGCCAACAUAUUCGCCCCGCGCGGCCUCAUCGUCAAGAUUAUGUCCACAAAGAAAAUGAUGACAGAAGUCGGCUGCCCGACCGUCGAUCCAAAAGGAAAGCUCGCUCUCCCACCACUCGAAGAACUCAGUGACCUCACUCCCCAGACCGGGGCGCUGAUCCGCCAUCCGACUGGAGGGACGAUACACUCACGCACCGGAUCCAGCGUCGAAGAUCCACGCAUGAGGAGGAUUCGAGCGUUGGGAAACUACAUUUCUCCACUCGAAUUCGAAACCACGCUCGCUCAACCCAAAGGCAUGAUGGAUAAAUAUGGCGGCGCACCUCUACGCUGGAUGAACAAACGAGCAGACACCAAGCUCGUCAAAGCAGCUGAUAAAUCUGCUUCCGCACGUCUGGAGAAAGCGCCAGAAGCUGAAGUCAUUCUGAAUUCGGCUGAGCGGAAACUAGAGUCGAUUUCCUCGCGCAUGGCAGAGAUCCAUGAUACGAGUUUGCGGGAGCGAAAUCGGUAUCCGGAGGAUAGGGAGAAGAUUGAAGCUGUGGCUGAGCGCGAGUUGGCGAGUUUGGAGGAGAAGAGAAAUGGGGUGGUGGAGGAGAGGGAUCGGAAGAUUAAGGCCAUUUAUGAGAAGGGGGAUAAGAAGUUGGAGAAAUUGGCCAAGAAGGAAGAGAAAAUUGCUAAUAGGAUUCUGUGGGUUGUGGUCCAAAGGUUGGAUGGGCAUGUGGGUGAUGAAUUGUUGGAGGUCGAGAGUCGGGGUUCAAGUCCUACUUCUUGAUUUGAGACCUUGGGGGACGCAUGACAGGCUGGUUUGUGCGAGAAGUUUUGGCUUGAAUUCUCAGAGGAAUUUCCAAUUUUAGGAACGCGCAUUCUUAACGAAGAAACUCAACAGCUCAAUGUUC